GGCGGGAGCACUGGCGGAGCCGGCAGCGGCUGCAGUUGCCAGGUCGCAGAACUAAGGAGGCGCAGGCCACCUCUGGGGCUCCUAUCGCCGCUGGGGGGCACCGAGGGCUCGAGGCUCGACGCUAGCCGCGUCUGUUAGCCCAGGGACUAGCCGUCCAUCCGCUCUUCGCCGCCGCCGGGAGGGACAAAGAGAGGGCCGACGGCUGGGCCCGCCCCUAGCCUCCGCCUCGCGCGGCGGCCACGGCUGCGGGAGGGAGACCGGAGGCACGAUCCCAGAGCGGAGAAACCAGUUUGGCCGGUCCCAGCGAUCGGAGAGAGAGGGCGGCCGCAGAGGAAGGGCGCGCGGACGCGGGGCGGGGAUAGGCGAGGAGCCAUUGGCGAGCCGCGAGAGCCGGAGGAGACGCCGCCAACGAGAUGAGCUUCCCGGGGCCCCGGGCCAGCCCCCGUGCGCCAUGAAGCGCUAGCCCGGCGGCCGGAGUUGGGGCUGGGCGGGCGGCUACGGCGGGCAGGUGUGCUGCGAUCACGCGGAGAGGCGCGCACCCGGCGGAUGCCCCAGCGGGGGCCCGGCGAGCGCCAGGUAGUUCCCAUUUACCAGCAGAAUGAAUACAGAAAGAGACUCAGAAAUGACAUUUGAGGAGGAUUCUCAGCCUAAUGAUGAAGUGGUUCCCUACAGUGACGAUGAAACAGAAGACGAACUUGAAGACCAGGGGCCUGCAGUUGAACCUGCGCAGAAUCGAGUCAACAGAGAAGCAGAGGAAAAACGGGAGACAUUCAGAAAAGAGUGUACAUGGCAAGUCAAAGCAAAUGAUCGAAGCUUCCAUGAACAGCCUCAUUUUGUGAACACCAAGUUCUUUUGUAUUAAGGAGAGUAAAUAUGCGAGCAAUGCAAUCAAAACCUACAAGUACAACGCGUUUACCUUCCUACCGAUGAAUUUGUUUGAGCAGUUUAAGAGAGCAGCCAACUUCUAUUUCCUGGUCCUUCUUAUCUUACAGGCAAUCCCUCAAAUCACGACCCUGGCGUGGUACACUACUCUGGUGCCAUUGCUCAUGGUGCUGGGCAUCACAGCCAUCAAGGACCUGGUGGACGACGUGGCUCGCCAUAAAAUGGAUAAGGAAGUCAACAAUAGGACGUGUGAAGUCAUUAAGGAUGGCAGGUUCAAAGUUACCAAGUGGAAGGACAUUCAAGUGGGAGAUGUCAUUCGUCUGAAGAAAAACGAUUUCAUUCCGGCUGACAUACUGCUGCUGUCCAGCUCAGAACCAAACAGCCUCUGCUACGUCGAAACAGCCGAACUGGACGGAGAAACCAAUUUAAAGUUCAAGAUGGCGCUUGAAGCCACACACCAAUAUCUCCAAAGAGAAAAUUCCCUGGCAACAUUUGAUGGAUUUAUUGAAUGUGAAGAACCCAAUAACCGACUAGAUAAGUUUACAGGAACGCUGUUUUGGAGAAACACGAGUUUUCCUUUGGAUGCCGAUAAAAUUUUGUUGCGUGGCUGUGUAAUUCGGAACACCGAUUUCUGCCAUGGAUUGGUCAUUUUCGCAGGUGCUGACACUAAAAUAAUGAAGAAUAGUGGGAAAACCAGAUUUAAAAGAACUAAAAUUGAUUACUUGAUGAACUACAUGGUUUAUACGAUCUUUGUGCUUCUCAGCCUGAUUUCUGCGGGUCUUGCCAUCGGCCAUGCUUACUGGGAGGCCCAAGUUGGCAAUUAUUCUUGGUACCUCUAUGAUGGAGAAGACUCUUCCCCCUCCUACCGUGGAUUCCUCAACUUCUGGGGCUACAUCAUCGUUCUGAACACCAUGGUGCCCAUCUCUCUCUAUGUCAGUGUGGAGGUGAUCCGUCUUGGACAGAGCUACUUCAUCAACUGGGACCUGCAGAUGUACUACCCGGAGAAGGACACACCCGCUAAGGCGAGGACCACCACGCUGAAUGAGCAGCUGGGGCAGAUCCACUACAUUUUCUCUGAUAAGACAGGGACGCUCACACAAAAUGUCAUGACCUUUAAAAAGUGCUGCAUCAAUGGGCAAAUCUACGGAGACCAUCGGGAUGCUUCUCAACACAAUCAUAGCAAAAUAGAGCAAGUUGAUUUUAGCUGGAAUGUACAUGCCGAUGGGAAAUUUGUAUUUUAUGACCAUUACCUCAUCGAGCAAAUCCAGUCGGGGAAGGAUCCAGAAGUACGGCAGUUCUUCUUCCUGCUUGCGAUCUGCCACACUGUCAUGGUGGACAAAAUUGAUGGUCAGCUCAACUACCAGGCGGCCUCUCCUGACGAGGGCGCUCUGGUGAACGCAGCCAGGAACUUUGGCUUUGCCUUCCUGGCCCGGACCCAGAACACCAUCACCAUCAGUGAGAUGGGCACCGAGAGGACCUACAACGUUCUCGCCAUCUUAGACUUCAACAGUGACCGGAAGCGGAUGUCUAUAAUUGUGAGAACCCCAGAAGGCAGUAUCAGGCUGUACUGUAAAGGUGCUGACACUGUCAUUUACGAACGGCUACAUCAAAAGAAUCCUUCGAAACAAGAAACUCAGGAUGCCCUGGAUGUCUUUGCCAGUGAGACUCUGAGAACCCUGUGCCUUUGCUACAAGGAAAUUGAAGAAAAAGAAUUUGAAGAAUGGAAUAAAAAGUUCAUGGCCGCCAGCGUGGCCUCAGCCAGCCGGGACGAAGCCCUGGAUAGAGUGUACGAGGAGAUAGAAAAAGACUUAAUCCUCUUGGGAGCCACAGCUAUUGAAGACAAGCUCCAGGAUGGAGUCCCAGAAACCAUUUCAAAACUCGCAAAAGCUGACAUUAAGAUCUGGGUGCUUACUGGGGACAAAAAGGAAACUGCUGAAAAUAUAGGAUUUGCUUGUGAACUUCUUACUGAAGACACCACUAUCUGCUAUGGGGAAGAUAUAAAUGCUCUCCUUAACACGAGGGUGGAAAACCCGGGGAACAGAGGUGGAGUCUAUGCAAAAUUUGCACCCCCGGUGCACGAACCUUUCUUUCCAUCCGGCGGAAACCGUGCCUUAAUCAUCACUGGUUCUUGGUUGAAUGAAAUCCUUCUAGAGAAAAAGACCAAGACAAGUAAGAUCCUGAAGCUGAAGUUCCCACGGACGGAAGAAGAAAGGCGAUUUCGGACGCAAAGUAAAAGGAGGCUGGAAGUCAAAAAAGAACAGCGGCAGAAGAACUUUGUUGACCUGGCCUGUGAGUGCAGUGCGGUCAUCUGCUGCCGCGUCACCCCCAAGCAGAAGGCCAUGGUGGUGGACCUGGUGAAGAGGUACAAGAAAGCCAUCACGCUAGCCAUUGGAGACGGGGCCAAUGACGUAAACAUGAUCAAAACUGCCCACAUCGGUGUUGGAAUAAGUGGACAAGAAGGCAUGCAAGCUGUCAUGUCAAGUGACUAUUCCUUUGCUCAGUUCAGAUACCUGCAGAGACUGCUGUUGGUGCACGGCCGGUGGUCUUACAUCAGGAUGUGCAAGUUCCUGCGAUACUUCUUUUAUAAGAACUUUGCAUUUACUUUGGUUCACUUCUGGUACUCCUUCUUCAACGGGUACUCUGCACAGACUGCGUACGAAGACUGGUUCAUCACCCUCUACAACGUGCUGUACUCCAGCCUGCCCGUGCUCCUCAUGGGGCUGCUGGACCAGGAUGUGAGUGACAAACUGAGCCUCCGCUUCCCUGGAUUAUACACAGUGGGACAGAGAGACUUAUUAUUCAACUAUAAGAGAUUCUUCGUAAGCUUAUUGCAUGGGGUGUUGACAUCGAUGAUCCUCUUCUUCAUACCUCUGGGAGCUUACCUACAGACGGUGGGGCAGGAUGGCGAGGCGCCUUCAGACUACCAAUCUUUUGCUGUCACGAUUGCCUCUGCUCUCGUGAUAACAGUCAAUUUCCAGAUUGGCUUGGAUACUUCUUAUUGGACUUUUGUGAAUGCAUUUUCAAUCUUCGGAAGUAUUGCACUUUAUUUUGGCAUCAUGUUUGACUUUCAUAGUGCUGGGAUACACGUUCUGUUCCCAUCUGCAUUUCAAUUUACAGGCACAGCUUCAAAUGCCCUGAGACAGCCGUACAUUUGGUUGACCAUCGUUCUGACCGUCGCAGUGUGCUUGCUGCCCGUCGUUGCCAUUCGUUUCUUGUCCAUGACCAUCUGGCCGUCGGAAAGUGAUAAGAUUCAGAAGCAUCGCAAACGAUUAAAAGCGGAAGAGCAGUGGAAGCGGCGGCCAAACGUGUUCCGUCGCGGUGCGUCCUCUCGGCGCUCGGCCUACGCCUUCUCCCACCAGCGGGGCUACGCGGACCUCAUCUCCACCGGGCGCAGCAUUCGCAAGAAGCGCGCGCCCCUGGACGAGAUCAUCGCCGACGGCAACGCGGAGUACAGGCGGACUGUGGAGAGCUGAGGCUCGGGCCCCACGCUGGCCUGCAGCGAAGCGGGCACGCAGGGGGGAUGUCUAUUUUUUUAAAUGAAACUCUCAGGACUAUUUUUUAAAAACUGAACUAGUCACAAGGAUUUUGAAGACAUAACCUUGACAAACUACUUGGGUUGGACUAUCAAGCAAUAGCAAAGCCAAGAAUGCCUUUUUUAAAGUCCUAUUGUUCAACUGUUUAUGUUCAUCAAGAUUCAAAGGGAACUUUCUAACCCAGUCUCAAUCUAGGGCAACGGAGUUAGAAAAUGUAUUUCACUUCAAAUGGUAUUGGAUUAUUAAAUUAGAAUUCGAUUUUUCAGCCUGGGGUCUUCAACUACAAUUUCCCAGGGAUCUUUUCUUUACAAUGGUAAUGACAAAAGGUUUGUGAAUGUUCGCCACCUGGGAGCUCAGUGGUCCACGGCUUUUUCAGAGUUGUCAGGGGGCUGCAUGUUUUCCUGUUCUCCAACUGGUUUACUAACACCAUUCAACCCAGGAAAAUUAGUGCAAAUUUCCUAAGUACAAGGUUUCCGCCCGUUUCUGGUUACUGUGAGGUUAAAAUAGCACAUUACAUACCUUUACGCCUACUAUUCCGUGUUAGCGACUUCUUGUAGCACCAGGUGUGUUCAUUCCCUACUUUUGUAAAAAUGCACUUAAAUAUUUAUGGGCUUUUUAAAAAGUUUUUUAAAAAAACUGAGGAUAUCAGUGAUAAACUGCAGAAUAUUUUGCAAAGCUUUCUUUUGAAAAGCAAACUCUGUGCCUGCCUAUAUGUAAAGUAUUUUAUAAGAGACGUGAACAGAGACCUCUUUUUCACUUAUAUCUUGAGCGGAAAGGCUGUUGUUGGUAACCACAUUUCUAAGACCGAGAGGCGAGAGUUAUUCUUCCAGAAGCUUCUCUCAUUCCAGGUCUCUCACCGUUUUCGUGAGGAUGCAGAAGUGUUCUCGUGAUUCUGUUCUUCAGGCUGCGGACGCUCCCGCUACCUGUCCCACUGAAUUCCUAGGAGGGGAUCUCAGUGUGUACAUAGUUCAUCUUCUAGAUGUGAUAAAAGAAUGUAUGGUUCUUUACGGAAGCAAAUUUCUGAAAGUUUACAACUUCUCUAUCUUGUAAAUAAAAAAAUUGUAAGUUGGUUUUUGUGUGUGUGUAAAGAAAAGUUAGCCUGUGUAAUUCUGUUUCAAAUCUCUCUUCCUGUUCUGCGAAUUGUGGGAAAGGUCGACAAUGCAAAUGUGUCAAAGACUUAUGUUGCUGGGUGCAAUAAUAACAAUUUUAAAAUGCAAAUUGCUUUGGAUAAAUUAUUUCUACGUUCUGUAAAUCUGAGAUGUAAUGUAUAUUUUUGUUUAAAAA